UAUUCCUCCCAUCCCGCCCACCAGUUGGUUCCUGCUCGGUGUUAUGUGGCGAUAAAACCGAGACGAAAACAGGAAAGAAGGCCUGUGCAGCCCUUUUCUCUCAAGAUUGUGCUUCUUGUGCUGUUUGCAUCUUCUGAUCCUGCCGUUUCCCCUCUAACAACCACCAUGCUCCACCUGACGGCAGGGCGCGUGGGAAGCCUCCUGGCCAGGCGCGCCACUGCAGCCUUCAGCACCAGCAGCGUGAGGAUGGCGAGCCACGGCCACGACGUGGCAGAGACCACGGACAUGUCUCUGCCCUUGUACUGGGACCGUGUGGACAUUCCUCUGCCUGACAGACCCUACAAGGACACACUGACAACUGGUGACCAGAGCCUGAAGCAGAAGGAGCAAGGACCCUGGAGCCAACUGUCCAAAGAGGAGAAGGUCGCUUUGUACCGGCUGAUGUUCUCCCAGACCUUCCCCGAGAUGAAGCAGCCGUCAGCAGAGUGGAAGUCUGUCGUGGGGGGGAUCUUCAUCCUAAUGGGCUUAACCGGCCUGAUAGUCUGGUGGCAGAAAGUCUAUGUCUACCCUCCUGCCCCCAGGACCUUUGAUGCCGACUGGCAGGCCAAACAGUACAAGAGGAUGUUGGACAUGAGGGUCAACCCGAUCGAGGGCUUCGCCGCCAAGUGGGACUAUAAGAAGGGCCAGUGGAAGUAGAGAGAGAGAGACGGUGGGACUAUGGCUGAGGUGGUGCAGCGUUUGGACCCGUCACUCCAGAACAUGGCUUAGUUCCACUCUGAAGUAAAACUCUGAAUGUUGCAUUGCAGAUGUUAAAACCACUAGUAAGACAGCUCAUGUCCUCCUCCAGCAUGUCUGGGUGAUUUUACUCCAUGCCACCUCUGGCUGUCAGUCGGCUGCCUCCUCUCCGUCCCCCGCAGCUUUCUGUCAUGGUGACAACUGUGUCCGUCCAGGUGCAGCCAUACAAUAAUAAAGUUUUCUUAAAGCA